AUGCUGGGACCCAGUCUUGCAGAAGUGCAACAAAGAAUCGCUCUGGCUGGUCCAGAUGAGCUUCUUGUGGCAUGCAGACAAUUAUGUCUUCUUGUGCCUUUUCCUUGCUCGGAUCUUCCCAAGUAUACUGCUAUUCUUCAGAGCAGACAGUCAGACUCGGUAGAAGUGUCUGCUGUGUUGACCAUGACUGAAGUUGAGAUUUUGUUGUUCUACGGCACGGAUUAUCCCAAUCUUCAAUACGCUGAGCAGAAAUUGAAGUCGCUAGCGCCUCUAGGACUGAAGAGCCAGUCAGAUGGUGUUAAUUGUUACGUCAAGCUCAAGUACCAUGACUUGCUUACAGAUUACCAGUUCUUUUAUGGCCCAGAGAGGGAGCUCAGAUCGAUGGAUUUGGUGAAUAAGAAGCUCAAUGCGUUGACUUGGAUCAGCGAGUUUGAUCAUCCUAUCGUGGCAGACUUACAGUUAAAGAUCUUGCUCUUUUAUCUUAUGAGUGGUGCCGACUUUAGAAAACGGAACGUGAAGCAGUACCUUUUGGAAGAGCAAAUCUUCCAGAAAAGCUAUGGCGAGGCCAUUGACAGCUAUAAGGAGGCGUACGUGAAACGUCCAUUGACCAAUCCCAGGCUAUUCCAUGCAUUCCUCGAGGCAACAUCCCAGAUCGACGGUCUAUUCCACUUUGUGUGCUCCAAGUACCCCACGCAGCUUUUAGAAAACUUCCUUAACGUCAACAUCUCGAAACUUCCACAGUAUUUUACUUCUGUCCACGUUGAACGCAUAUAUCAAUUGCUUCUUGAAGGUAAGCAGGAAGUGGACAUUGAAGAUAUCAUCUACCGAAUGAUUGUGGCUAAUGAAUUGCCUAACGGUACCAACAUAGACCAGCUACAAGGACUAUCAUGUAAGGUCUAUUUGUAA